AUGGGGAAUUUCAAUUCCCUUAGACAGGGAAUGAGGACUAAGAAACAAAUAAAGAGAGUUAGAAAAUUAGAAAAAAAUCAGAUGAAAUUGGAAAGAGAAAAAGAGACUGAAGUGCUAGAUCGUCUUCAAUGUAAGACACAAAUACUAAUAGUUAUGGAAAAGGACCAAAAAAGAUCCAUAGUGACUAUAGAUAUGUCCAAAAUUUACAUAGAUGGUAAAUUUGGAAGAAAAUACAUGAAAGCUUUAGCACAAUUUUAUAAGUUUAUACCUUGCUCUUCAGAGUUGAGGCUUGAAUGCAGAAGCUCUGAAGAUUUAUAUUUCGCAAAUAAGUAUUUGCUUAAAAAUACCCUGAUCAAGGAUAUUUAUCGCCUUGAAUUGUGUUGGUUUAUGGAUCCCUAUAAUGAUUUUAAUAUCUAUGAGCGUAAUUUUGCUAAGAUCGCUCAGUUUAUCACAAAAUCUCUAUUUAUCUCAGAAAUGACUAUUUCAAGCAAAAAUCUCCACUCAAUUCUCACCAGAACCAGCCACAUCUCAAAUUUGUCCUUCUCCAGAUGCGACAUCUAUACCUCCAACCUCUCCCUCCCCACCUCCUUGGCAUUCAAAAUCCGCAACCUAUCCUUCUUCCGCUGCCUUAUCAACGCCCAAAAUCCCGAAUCCUCUCUAAAACUCCAAAAUCUCUUAAGAGCUAUCUCCAAAUGCUCGCUCAGUAAAUCCCUCAAGUACAUGCGCCUUCAAGAAGUGAGCACCAGUUAUAACCCGAAGAGCAUUAUGGAGGAAUAUGGACUGGGAAGAAUAAUUGUUGAUUAUUAGUCAGCUUUUUGGAA